AAAAGGUUCGAGAACCGCUUAGUUUGUCUUUUUUUAAACAGUCCCACUGCUGGUCGGUAGAGGGUGUUAGAGAUGCCUCUCUCUGUGGUAGAUGGGGAAACCUCCUCGCCCUCCUUAAGUGGUCCUGAUGCUGUGUAUGCGCAUGACGUCAUCUAUUUUCCUCGCGACAUGCUGUAUGACUCAACUGGCCUUCCUAGCGCACAGCAUCAGCCUCCAGCUGACAGAGCGGUGUUGUUUUCAUCACUUUAAAGCAAAGAAACCGACCGCCUGUGCCUGUGCGCGUCCUUCUCCCUCGUCCACAUUUGCGUUACCUGCCGUUUCGUUUUAGCAUGGCUGAAAGCGAGGCAGAGACGCCGAGCACUCCGAUUGAAUUUGAGAGCAAAUACUUCGAGUUCGAUGGAGUGCGGCUGCCGCCCUUCUGCAGAGGGAAGAUGGAGGAGAUCGCCACUUUCUCUCUCAGAAAUAGCGACGUGUGGAUCGUCACAUAUCCAAAAUCAGGCACCAGUCUACUGCAGGAGGUUGUGUACUUAGUAAGCCAGGGAGCAGAUCCAGAUGAGAUUUCCCUAAUGAACAUUGAUGAGCAGCUGCCUGUUUUGGAGUAUCCCCAACCUGGCCUCGAUAUUAUAAAGGAGCUAACGUCUCCUCGUCUGAUCAAAAGCCAUCUCCCCUAUCAAUUCCUCCCUACAGCAAUGCACAAUGGGGAAGCUAAGGUUAUCUAUAUGGCUCGUAACCCUAAGGACCUGGUGGUGUCCUAUUACCAGUUCCAUCGAUCUCUCAGGACCAUGAGCUAUCGUGGAACUUUUCAGGAAUUCUGUCGACGCUUCAUGAACGACAAGUUGGGUUAUGGAUCCUGGUUUGAACACGUGCAGGGGUUUUGGGAGCACCGAGUUGACUCCAACGUUCUCUUCUUGAAGUAUGAAGACAUGUACAAGGAUCUGGGGACAAUGGUGGAACAGCUAGCCCACUUUCUGGGAGUGUCCUGUGAUAAGGCUCAGCUGGAGUCUAUGGUGGAGAGCUGCAACCAGCUCAUCGAGCAGUGCUGUAAAUCGGAAGCGUUAUCGAUCUGCAGGGGUCGGGUUGGUCUUUGGAAGGAUGUGUUCACGGUGUCUAUGAAUGAGAAAUUUGACCUGGUGUAUAAACAAAAGAUGUUCAAAUCUGACCUGACCUUUGACUUCUGUCUUUGAAAGGCCCUUGACCUGAACAUGGGCCACUUCACUGCUGUUGACAACUGCACAUGUUGUACUGUACAUUCAAAUCACUGCUAAUUUUUAGGUCAGGUCUUCAGAUGACACUGCGAGACUCCUUCCUCCCUGAAUCCUGUCAAUAGCACUCCACACUUUUUCAAGUAACUUCAAUGACUCUGUUGAUAGCCUAACUAUACCCUGUGUGCUCCUACCUCUGCUGAUUUUCACACCGCUGCCUGUGUUUGUAUCUACUGUGUGUAGUAGCAGUUUUUGAAGGCUGAUGGCAGUACCAUUCUUCUGAGGUUCUUGUUAAAUAUAUAGUAUAUUUAUAUGAAUAUCUACAUUAAAUGGUAUUAAUGAUGCAAUACUGCAACUUGACGGUACUUAAAUGGUACAGACUAAAGCCCUGCAUUGGGACUGGGAUCCAGUGGGUUCCACAGGACCCGACUCAAAUUUAGGGGUUGUUCACGUGCAGCCAGCGGGACUGGGCGCUAAAAAGUAGAUUGACAUAAAAGACAAAAAAGUAAAGGGAUAUGACUGGAUUCUUUUUGAAUUAAGUAAAUUAGUACUGAAGUACAAGUGUCUCAUUACGGCCCGGGACCAAAUGACCUACGGACUGGCACCGGUCCCUGGACCGGGGGUUGGGACCCCUGCUAUUGAGGGUCCAAUGAACAUUCAUGUAGUUAGAACAUUCAAACUCCAUGCAGAAAGACUGAGAAAUUUUAAAACCCUGAGAGUUUUCUUUAGUUUUAUAAGCUAUGAUUGUUCAUAAUAAUCUCACAUUUCCUAAAUCAUUUAUAGAUUUUAUAUAUUAAUAUUCACACAUUGACUCGGUUUACAUGUUGAUGGCUGAGAUAUUUCUUAGAUUUCUUUUUCCUUUUCUGCAUUUAUAAGAAAUGUGUGUACACUAUAACAUCAAAAAGUGUAUCCGGACAGGACACGAUUGGACACAAAUAUUGCAAAAGUGGAGAGGACUGAGAGAAGUCAGAAAUUCCACAAGGGGAGAAUUAAAAAAAACUAGUCCCACGCAGGGCUCUAGUACUUCACACUGUACUUCAGAUAGACUGCAGAUUUAUACUAAAUAUCCUUUGAGUAGGAUUCAGAAGGGUUUGAAUGAAAUAAAAAACAUGUAUGUUUUGUUCACAUUGCUUAUACUGUACAGUCUCUCACUCUUUUGCUUUAGAACACGCCACGCGAUGUGAGAUUGCCUUUGCAACAGCAACAGUUUAUCAGUCAAAAGUGGAAGGCUUCCACACAAGCUUUUUUUUGUUAUUACCUGAAAGAGUUGUUGGGUUUUUAUUUAUAUAUUAUUAUAUUUUAUUUAUAUAUCACAAAUAAUUACAUAAUUCUUUUUACUAGGGGUGUCAAUAUUACAAUAUAGGGACGAUAUCUGAUAUGCUGAUAUUGUCCAAACUUCCGAUAUCAACCAAAACCGAUAUAGGCCUGGUAAUAUUUGUGUAUUUCUCUGCACAAACUACUGUAUGAGUUGCUGACAUCAGCAUUCUGCCUACAAUCCCGUGAUUAUUAAAAAUCGAUUAAUUAAAUGAGCUGCAAUGCUGCCAUCUAGUGACUUUCACUUUUAUAUACAUUAU